CCCUUGAAGGUGUGCUACAGGCCCACUUCGAUGUGGUGCGUCUCCUGCCAAUCUUGGCCCCUCCACCGAAACGAAUGUAUUCUGGGAACCCAUACCCAAAAUUUUGCCACUCCACCAGUUAGUUCUGUUGUCCUCUUCUCACCAGAAGGAGAGCAUCCAAAUAUCAUUACAGUCGAAUGCCGUCCGUCGAAAAUCCUCUCGCAGGGUAUGCGCCCCCAACCUCUCGUCAGUGGACAUUUUCCGGAUGCCCAAGCGGAAAGCAUUAUCUUGACGCAAGAUUUCAAUGGAGAGCCACUCAGAUUUCCCCUUCAUUUGUGGUACCUCCCGACUGCACUAUUGACUUACGCACCCAUUCACAUCAAUCCCAUUGCCAUUCAUCCCACUGGCACAUCCGUCGUUUCCGCAUUCGAGGAGGACACACAUGUUCGCUUCUAG